AUGGCGUCCAAGACAGCAACACACAUCCUGUACUACAAUGCAUUCUCCCUCAACUCCACCAUGGCGCGCUACGCCUUCGCCCUGCGUGGGGCACUCAAACCCGGCCAAUCCGAGAUUACCAUCCAAGAAGAACCAUUGGACAUCGGCCUGAAGCGCGAGCAGCUUACGGAGCAUUACUUGGUCGACAUCAACCCCAAAGGCGAAGUGCCUGUGCUCGCGCCCGUAAGCGGUGGACCUACGCUGCCGGACAGUGUGGAAAUCACGUUCAAGUUCGGCGAGGUGUACGAGGAUAUUAUUCCGGAGACACAGGCGGGGCAGAUCAGAGAGUUGUUGGAUAGGUUGCAUAAGCUAGGGAUCUUUUCGUUGACGAUGGGGCCGCGGCCGGGUGUUGGGGCGGGGCAGACGGCGGUGUUGGAGGAAAAGUUGAAGGGCGACAUUAGUGACAAGUAUCGGGCUGCUUUGAAGGAGAAGUUGGAGCAAUGGACGACGGUCAAAGUCCCGUCACUGACGAAGGAAGGGCAAGAGAAGUCGGCAGCAGACAUGAAAGCUUAUCUUGGGGACAUUGACAGUUUACUGUCCAAGUCAGAGACGGCGUGGCUGCUAAGCACCACCAGGGCCUCUGCUCUUGACGCUCAUGUAGUGCCCCUUGUGGCUCGCAUGCUGGACAUCAAGCAGGACGGUCUGGUCCCGGAAUCUGUGGCGAAGUAUGCGGCUUCGGCGAUGCAGGGUCAGGAGUGGAAUGCUGUGAUGCAGGGCAGGACGACUCUGCCACCCAUGCCACCGGCGCAGAAAUAG